UAUUACAUAAACAUAUCUUGUAUGAUUGAUUGUGUGCCAAAAGCAGAAAAAUCCGUUCAAUGUUUCCCCUUUUUGUUACAUAUAUUACCUCAGAAAACAAACCAAAAAUCACUCUGAACCCUCAACUCUUAAGAGGUAUCACUAUUCACUGUACCAUUUAUUAAUUAUUGUAGCCUUCUUAAUGAUUUACAUAAUUAAAUUAUAAUUUGUUCCUUUCCUUCGGAUUAAUUGUGACUCGAGAACACGAUUUCCUUGGUUUCACGUUUUAGUUGACUUUCUGAUCUAGCGAUGAUUUUUCUUAUUAUAUUGCACACGGCGGAAGAUUAUUUGUUAGUUAGGGAUAAGGGGAACUGUGGACGAUUCGUUUCUAAUUCUGAUUCUAUUUUUCUCCUCGUAAUAUGAUUCGUUCCUGUUUUUCUUUGCUUUCUUGUAAAUUUUAAGUUUCUGACGACGACGACGACGUUUUUGGAACAUGGAAAGGGUUUUGGGUGCAGAGAGGUGGGGUUGUUUUUGCUUUGCUAAAUGUUCUUCAGACUUGAGAAUAUUAUGAUGUUUGCCAAAUUCUCUGGCCGUUGAACCUUAUAUGGGUAGUAGGAAGGUUGUUGAAUUUCUUUAAACUUAAUGCUUCCACACAAUAAGCCAAUCCCAUUUUAAGGUGAAGACCAGUGUUGGUCUAUGAAGUUCUUCCAAAUCAAUACUAAUAUGUAGAUGCUUUUCACAGGAAAUGAACUUUACUCGAGUCCACUACAGUGUAUUAACUUUCUACAAUUCUACUUGAGAAAUGAAAUAGAUUUAUCUUUGACUAUUUGUUGUUUGACGGAUGCUGAGGCCCAGACCUGGCAGAAAAUGGAAGACAAGCAGAGAGCCCAAACAAACCAUCCAUUUGGAGGGUUUGCUUCAGGCUAGGGCAUCUAGCCAGUGGCUGCCUCAUGGCAGUGGUUGACUUAUUUUUAAGAGUAUGGUAGUUAUUAUUACUGUGUUUUAGCGCAGGCGGUACGAUAUAAAAGUUAGGAAGAAGGGAAACAUAUUUCAGAGCUUCUUUUUUUGUAGGAUUAAUGAACACGCAGAUUUUAUGAAGAUUUUGCAGUAGACAAGAUGCUUCAGCAUUACAAAAUUUUGCCUUUUGCUGUGAAUAAUUAUGUAUGCCACAGCCAGUGCACUUUACAUUGACCAAAUGGGUUAUGCUAUGAGUAGACUAGAGAUAGAAUCCAGUAUUUGUGAAGAAGCAAAUGCCAUCCAUGAAGAUUCUAGCAGUGGACAAUCUAAAAGGCCAUUGAAAAAUUUAGACAAUGAAAUUGCUCAAAUAACAAAGUUGAAGUCAAUGCCUCAUCAACAACUGGUUCAUGUUGGAUACGGAAGGCCGGAGUUGCCUGUUUCACCAGUGAAAAUGCUGGCAGGUCGAGAAUCUAAUUAUUCAGGACGGGGAAGGUUUUCUUCAGCUGAUCGCUGUCAUCUUUUGAGCAGAUAUUUGCCUGUAAAUGGUCCCUGGCUUAUUGACCAAAUGUCUAGUCGAGCAUAUGUGUCUCAGUUUUCAGCUGAUGGUUCUCUUUUUGUUGCUGGGUUCCAGGGAAGCCACAUAAGAAUAUACAAUGUGGACAAAGGUUGGAAAGUUCAGAAGAACAUUCUAGCCAAAAAUUUGAGAUGGACAAUCACCGAUACAUCUCUUUCCCCUGAUCAACACUAUCUGGUUUAUGCCAGCAUGUCACCCAUUGUGCACAUUGUAAAUGCUGGAUCUGCUGAAACAGAGUCUGUAGCAAAUGUUACGGAGAUACACGAUGGUUUAGAUUUUUCAUCAAAUGAUGAUGGAGGAUACUCUUUUGGAAUUUUCUCUGUGAAAUUCUCCAAAGAUGGGAGAGAAUUAGUUGCAGGAAGUAGUGGUGAUUCUAUAUAUGUAUAUGAUCUUGAAGCAAAUAAGCUUUCACUUCGAAUUUUAGCUCACACGUCUGAUGUCAAUACUGUAUGUUUUGCUGAUGAAACUAGUCAUCUUAUUUACUCUGGGAGUGAUGAUAGUUUCUGCAAGGUUUGGGAUCGGCGGUGCUUAAUUGCUAAAGGCAAGCCAGCAGGGGUUUUAAUGGGACACCUUGAGGGAAUUACAUUUAUUGAUACUCGUGGAGAUGGACGCUAUUUCAUUUCAAAUGGUAAAGAUCAGACCAUCAAACUUUGGGACAUACGCAAAAUGUCAUCCAAUGUUACCUGCAAUCCUGGGUAUAGGAGUUAUGAAUGGGAUUACAGGUGGAUGGAUUACCCUCCGCAAGCAAAAGAUGUGAGUCACCCUUGUGAUCAGUCAGUGGCUACUUAUAGAGGCCAUUCAGUCUUACGGACUCUUAUCCGCUGCUAUUUCUCCCCCGCUUUUAGCACUGGCCAGAAGUACAUCUAUACUGGAUCACACAACGCAUGUGUUUAUAUAUAUGAUUUGGUGAGUGGAGCUCAAGUCGCAACACUGAAGCACCAUAAAUCACCUGUAAGAGAUUGUAGUUGGCACCCCUUCCACACUAUGCUUGUUAGCUCUUCUUGGGAUGGAGAUGUCGUGAAAUGGGAAUUUGCUGCAAGUGGUGAUAUACCAACCUCUUCGACUAAGAAGAGAGUAUGGAAAAGACAUUUUUAUGAAGAUUACCUAUGAUGUCAGUCGAAUCAGUUAUGAAAUGAUCCUGUUAAUGAAAUUGUAUAUGGUGUUUGACAUAAUAAGGUAUAACAUGAACUACCACAAAACCUUGGUACAUAAAUAACCAUGUAAAUCGAGAUUGGGAUUAAUUCAUUAGUAGCCGUGCUUGUAAUAAAUCAGUUAUAUCGAACCAAUGC